GCCCUGGGCUGUCCACGAGUUGCUGUCAGAAGGCUGCACAGUCCAAGAUGGGCUCCUCGCGGGCACCCCGGAUGGGGCGUGUGGGAGGGCAAGGAAUGAUGGCAUUGCUGCUGGCUGGUCUCCUCCUGCCAGGGACCUUGGCUAAGAGCAUCGGGACCUUCUCAGACCCCUGCAAGGACGUGCGUAUCACCUCCCCCAAUGACCCCUGUCUCAUUGGGAAGAGUGGCUCCAGCAGCUCCAGCAGUUCCAUUUCCGGUUCCAGUGGCUCCAGUGGCAGCUCUGGUGGUGGCCCCAGUGGUUCUGGUGUCUCCAGUGGUGGCUCCAGCGGAUCCAGUGUCGCCCAGGGUGGUUCUUCAGGAUCUUCGUUAUUUAAGCCAGGAACAGGGUAUUCCCAGAUCAGCUACUCCUCAGGAUCCAGCUCCUCCCAGUCGGGAAGCAGCUCCUCCCAAUCAGGAAGCAGCAGCAGCUCCUCCCAGUCGGGAAGCAGCAGUUCCCAGCCAGGGUCUGGCUCUGCUCUACCAAUCAGUGGUGAUUCUUCCCGCUUACUAAUAAGCUCUUCCCAGUCUGGAGAAGGCUCAAGCUCAUCUGUUUCCCAAACUUCCUGGAUAUCCAGCAGCGGUGGCCAAAGAGUCAACUCUAACUUACGCCCUUGUAAUUCAGAUGUCUCCGACUCUCCCUGCAGUGGGGGGCCCAUCGUCUCACACUCAGGCUCCUACAUCUCCAGCUCCCACUCCGUGUCAGGGGGUCAAAGGCCAGUGGUGGUGGUGGUGGAGCAGCAUGGCUCUGGUGGCCCUGGAUUGGCUCAAGGUUCUCCCUGUAGCAGUGGUGGCCUUCCAGGCAAGCCCUGCCCCCCUAUCACCUCUGUAGACAAAUCCUAUGGCAGCUAUGAGGUGGUGGGUGGCUCCUCUGACAGUUAUCUGGUCCCAGGCAUGACGUACAGUGGGGGCAAAAUCUACCCUGUGGGCUACUUCACCAAAGAUAAUCCUGUCAAAGGCUCUCCAGGGGUCCCCUCCUUUGCAGCUGGGCCCCCCAUCUCUGAGGGCAAAUACUUCUCCAGCAAUCCCAUCAUCCCCAACCACAGCUCUUCUAGUUCCAACAUCUACCCAUCAGGAGCUUCCUCGGCUAUUGUGUUCCAGCCAGUGGGCUCUGGUGGGGUUCAGCCUUGUGGUGUUGGCUCUAAGGGGCCCUGCUCCCUCUCCAGUUCUGGAGUCCACAGCAGUUCUAGCGUUUCCAGCAGUUCAUCCUUCCAUCCCUGUGGCGGUGUUUCACAGGGGCCCUGCUCCCCACCAGGCACUGGCUCCUUUAGUGGCAGCUCCAGCUCCCAAUCCAGUGGCAAAAUCAUCCUUCAGCCCUGUGGGAGCAAGUCCAGCUCUUCUGGUCACCCUUGCAUUUCUGUCUCCUCCUCAACAUUGAGUGGGGGGCCCAAUGGUUCUCCCCAACCUGAUCCUUCAGCUGGUGCCAAGCCCUGUGGCUCCGGCAGCUCUGGAAAGAUCCCCUGCCGAUCCAUCCGGGACAUCCUGGCCCAUGUGAAGCCUCUGGGACCCCAGAUAGCUGACCCUGAAGUUUUCUUACCCCAAGGAGAGGUACUUGACAGUCCAUAAGUCGUCCUUUGCAUAUGUGCAUGUGUGGGCAUACACGUAUAUACACACACACCACCUCUCAGUUGGGAGAAGUCCAGGGGCCCAGGCAUUGGGUUAGCUCAGUUUCCCUCCUCCUUCCCAAGAGAGCUGUUCUAUUUCCUCCAUUGCUCCAAUAUGAUAGACGCCCCUUAUCACCUCUUUUUUCUUCAUCUUCCCAAAUUGUAGACUCCAAAUCCAUUUCCUCAUUCUCUCCUACUGUUUAGAUUCCCCUUGUACUAUAGUGCCCUCCCUGCCAGAUAACCACUCCCUAAAAUUUCCUCUGUCAUUUCUUUCAGAUAAUACAAUCCAUUAGUUAACCUUACCAUUCAGAUUUUUGCCUGGGAAACCCCUGAAAUGUCUCAGAGUAACUCUGGUUCCUGAAUAAGUCAUGCCCACUCUCCUUAUUCGCCAAAUAAAGCAUAGUAAGUACAAACUGUUACCUGAAAGCAAUGACCACUUUUCACUGACCUCCCUUUGCCAUCUGGUCAACCAACAUGCCAUGUCAUGGGGUUCUCACACUCCCAAUUCCACUGUCACCCUCCACUAUAGAGCUCAUCACACCUUCUGUGAGUUCCCAAUGCUCCUUGACUCUCUAGAUCUCCGUCUUAGAACCCCUUCCUGCCUGCAAUUUCCCUCAAUGCUCAGAUGCUUCCCUGUGUGAGGGAGACACCAGGGCAUGCUCAGAGACUGAAGUAGGCUUCCUGCUCUCUCUGGAUCCUGGACAGAUGGCUCAAUAAACUGUGUGAACUAGAUGCAGACUUUUGCCUUCUUGGAGUCCUUUAGGCCCUCAUAGGGCCUGAGGAAUGCACUCCUAUGCUUCUAGAGAUCCCCGUGUCCCCCAUUUUCACUCAUAAGUUGGACCAGUAUUUCUCUUAUACUUUAUAGUUCCUCCCACAAAGGAGGAAAACAAUAAAUAUUUGUUGAACUGAAA